CUUUCGGAUAAAGAAUCUAGUGGUUCUAAAGAUAUAGGCAUACAGAAUGGUGUCAGCAGUAAUUCAUCAUGGGCACAACGAGAAUCGUUUUUGACAUACUUCUUUGGGACUGGUAAUAAAAGUGACAGAACAGUGUUGCCAGAUCAACCAUUACCUAAUAGAAAUGGUACAUCCAUUAAGACCGGAAUAGACAUGGGUGAAUUGGAAAAAAAAUUAGAUAAUGGUGCGAUUAUCGAUGAUGCUAUUCAUUUGACCGAUCAUGAAGAAAUGGAGAUACAGCUGAUACGAUCCCUAAUCACAUCGUAUUUCAAUCUUGUACGCAAAACAAUUCAAGACCUUGUACCGAAAGCUAUUAUGCAUCUUUUGGUCAAUUAUUCUCGUGAGUCAGUCCAAAAUCGAUUGGUAUCCGAAUUAUAUAAAGAGGAACUAUUCGUAGAUUUAUUGCAAGAAGAUGAAAAUUUGGCAAGCAAAAGACAAAAUUGUAAAACCAUGCUUGAUGUUUAUAGGAAGGCUUUCGAUAUUAUGAAUGAGGCUAU